CCAGUUGGAGGGACGGUGUUUGGUCGAUGAAUUAAUAGAUUUAAAAUGAGUUUAUCUUCAGUUCUUGGGAUAUCUUGGAAGUGGAUGGUUGGUGGGGCAUUAUCAGGUAUGCUGGCCUAUGCUAACCUUCCCUCCUCAUGGAUAUUGCCUCAAGAGAGGGCAACAGCAUCAUAUCUUGCCAAAGCAAAACUACAGAUUAUACCAAAAGGGGUCCCGGUUAUACCUGGCGCCGGUCAACUUACGGAUCCUAGUUCUCUCUGGAGGGAUUCUGGAGCAGUUUUUAUGGCGGUCAGGAGACCCGGAUGACAGCUGUGUCGGGAUGAGGCUUUGGCUCUAAGUGAAUUGGCGCCAGAACUCUCCGCUUUACAGAUUCCUCUUUAUGGAGUUCUUCAUGAAACCCUGGGAGCAGAGGAAUUCAGAGAUUUCUUCAGAGGAGAUUUGUAUUUGGAUUUGGAUAAAACAUUCUAUGGUCCUAAAGAGAGGAGAAUGUUAUUACUAGGAGCUCUCAGGUUGGAUACAUGGUUGAAUAUUAUGAAAUCUAAGAAGAAAGGAACUCCUGGAAAUCUGAAAGGGGAUGGAACACUUCUAGGAGCAGUAUAUGUUCUAGGAUCUGGAGAUCAAGGAAUACUCUUCGAGCAUAGAGAGGGAACUUUCGGAGAUAAUGUUAAUAUCACAGAGGUAGAAAUUUCAUUUAUUUAGGAGAUUAACAAGCACACGUCUAAAAUAGAUGCAAUUCUUCUAUCCUACCCAGACCAGAUACAUUUAGGCGCUUUACCGUAUAUAGUUGGAAAGCUGGGGGUCUCCUGCCCCAUCUACGCAACUGUUCCAGUUUAUAAAAUGGGUCAAAUGUUUCUCUACGAUAUUUACCAGUCCCGACACAAUGUGGAGGAGUUCACCCUCUACACCUUGGACGAGGUGGACAUUGCCUUCGAGAAGAUUACCCAGCUUAAAUACAAUCAAUCUGUUAGUUUUAAGGGAAAGGGCCAAGGAAUAACAAUCACACCAAUUCCCGCUGGGCACAUGAUAGGAGGAACAAUCUGGAAGAUAGUGAAGGACGGAGAAGAAGAUAUUGUUUAUGCUGUGGACUUUAAUCAUAAGAAGGAGAGGCAUCUGAAUGGUUGUGAUAUUGAUAAGCUGACCCGACCUAGUCUGCUCAUCACAGAUGCUUUCAAUGCAAACUAUAAUCAGCAGAAACGGAGGUUACGUGAUGAGCAACUGAUGACAAAUAUAUUGUCUACACUACGUAACAAUGGGAACGUGUUGGUGUGUGUUGAUACAGCGGGCCGGGUCCUAGAACUUGCUCAUAUGGUUGAUCAGCUCUGGUCUAACAAGGACUCUGGUCUUCUGGCCUACAGUUUAGCUCUCCUGAACAACGUGAGCUAUAACGUCGUGGAGUUCGCCAAGUCUCAGAUCGAGUGGAUGAGUGAGAAACUAAUGAAGGUUAUGGGAGAGAGGAAGAGUAAUCCAUUUCUCUUCAAGCAUCUUAAGCUCUGCCACUCAAUGGCGGAGGUUAACAAGGUUCCUGCCCCCAAAGUAGUACUGGCAAGUAUGCCAGAUCUAGAAGCUGGGUUUGCUCGGGAACUGUUCAUGGCUUGGUGUUCAAAUCCAAAGCAUUCAGUGAUCCUCACCUCAAGGUGUGGGAAGGGAACCCUGGGUGACGACCUCAUAACCAACGGUGGUGACCGUGUAGUCAGUCUAGAGGUCAAGCACCGAGUCAAGUUGACCGGAACAGAACUGGAACAGUACAGAUUAAAGGAGCGGGAUCAGAAUAAGAAAACACACUCAGCUAUCAUUGAGGAAGCCCUGGACGAGUCUAGUGAUUCUGAUGAUGAUAUGGAUACUACUAUUAGCAAAUCUGGUGCUAAAGUUAAACAUGAUAUUGUCAUGAAACCGGAAGCUUUGAAGAAACAGACAGGGUUCUUUAAAUCAAAUAAAUCUAGGUACCCUAUGUUCCCGUUCCACGAGGAGAAGACCAAGUAUGAUGAUUACGGAGAAUUGAUAAAAUAUGAAGAUUUCAUGGAUAUCAGGUUAAUCCCUCAGCACUUGAGUUUGUACUAUAAAGUUCGCGGUGACGAGCAGAAGUUGAGCUCUAUGGCUGCAUUUUGCCGCGAUAUCAUUGGUGGAGAUAAACUGGAUAAGGUUUAUACACCUAGAAUUGGAGAGGUGGUAGAUGCUACAACAGAGAGGUUCAUUUAUCAGAUACGCCUACGGGACAGUCUAUUCUCUACCCUUGGUUUUGGAAAAGCAAGGUCUGGUCAGCAAGCCUGGGUUGCCUGGGUGGACGGGAUUAUCAAGAUGACCGAAGAUAUUCCGGAUAUUGUUAACGAAGAGUCGGAGGAAACUGAGGAGAAAGAAUCUAAAGCUAUAAUACCUGUUCUGGAACCUGUCCAGGGACAUGAGAAGGAAGGACAUUCCACCAGUUUUGUGAACGAAGUUAAACUUUCUGAUUUUAAACUUGUUCUCACAAGGAACGGAAUCCCUAAAUAA